AUGGGCGGCAAGGCGCUCUGCCCGGGCGACGACCAGUGGUGCGCGGUCGCGGGAAGAGACUGGGUCCAGAUCGGCGACCGCCACCACCACCCGGGCAAGUCGCACGUCGUCGACUGCCACCACUACCCGCCCUGGGGCGACGACGCGAACAACGCGACCUACGGCCGGCCGACGUGGAACGCCUACGCGCUCUACGCGACGUCCGGCGGCGGCGGCGGUUUGGACGGCGCCUGGUUCUCCUUUAAGAACGGCGACGAGGCGAACGUCCACGACCGCUUCGAGGCGCGCGAGGCCGGCGGCCGCUUGUACCGCUUCACACGCGGCGGCGCGCCCCUCGACAACUAUGCCAUCGAGGGGGCGCAGUUGGUCGGCGGCGUCCCGUCCAUCGGCACCGUGGUCCCGGCGGCGCUGUUCUUUUUGUACGACAAUCUGCGGGCGACGGUGGCGCCCGGCGGCGACAUCCUCUGGAGCCACGGCUACACGUCGCGGCGCGAGGGCGCGCCCGCGGCGGAGCGCACGGUCGGCGCGGUCGUCGCGUCGGAAGUCGCCCCGCCGCCCCAGGCGGCCCCGCCACUCGGCGUGGUCGUCCCGCCGGAAGGCGCCCUGCCGCUCGGCGUGGUCGUCGCGACGGCGGCGGUCAUUCCCGGCGACGGCGUGAUACGCGGCCUCGAGACGUUCUUCGACGACGAGCACGCGAUGUGCUUCGUGCUGUCGCCGAACUGCAAGAUCGAGAGCGGCUUCCCGAGCAAGUUCAGCACCAAGGGCAAGUCCAUGGUCUUCCUCAAGGCCAAGGCGUGCGUCGUCGGCCAGAAGGACGCGGCGAACGAGGCGCUCCUCACGAUGGAGGUGCAGGGCAACUCGCCCUUCGAGCACCUGGAACUAAUCUCGAGCGAGGUCUUCCUGCCCGUGCUGUCGAACCCGGGGAACCAGCUCAAGUGGGGCGAGGUCGCGACGCGCGAGAUCAUGGACCGCUUCGUCGCGUUUUUGUCGUCGACGACGAUCCUCUGCGGCCACAUCAAGGGCGAGACGCGGCUGCCCAUGCCCCCGGACGAGCAGUCGAACUCGAACGUGAAGAACCGGAUUUCGCUGCUGGAGGGCGCCGUGAUCACGUGGACGAAGCAGAUCAAGUCCGUGCUCAAGCAGGACCCGGAGAGCCAGCUCAAGCAGGGCAAGGAUCCGACGCCGGACGUCGAGAUCGAGUUCUGGAAGCACAAGGCGAACAACCUGAAUUCCAUCUUCGACCAGCUCCAGUCCCAGCGGAUCCGGCGCGUGCUCCGGGCGUUGGAUUUAGCGAAGUCGACGUACUGCACGACGUUCUCGCGGCUCUGCAAGGAGGUCUACACCGCGCGUUUGGAAUCGAACGACAACAUGAAGUACUUGAGGACGCUCGAGUUCUGGUUCGGCCGCCUCAACAGCGAGGACGACUUCCCGGGUUUGCAGGAGCUCUUCAAGCCCAUGCUCCACAUCAUCUUGCUCAUCUGGAAGAACUCGAAGCACUACAACACGCCCGCGCGCCUCGUCGUGCUCAUGCGCGAGAUCUGCAACAGUCUGAUCAACCAGGCCUGCAAGUACGUCUCCGGCGAGCAGAUCUUCCAGCGCAUCGAGGCCGAGGAGGCCCAGCUCGCCGUCGACGAGCUCAAGACGACGCUCCACGUCUGCGGCGCCUUCAAGAGCACGUACAAGGAGUACCGGAAGACGGCCGACGCGGAGUGCCCGGCGAACCAGUGGCGCAUCCAGAACAACGCGCUCUUCAUGCGCCUGGACAGCUUUUUAGAGCGGUGCCACGACAUUUUGGAUCUGACGCAGACCAUCGUCCAGUUCUCGAAACUCUCAAAAAUCGAGGUCGGCGGCACGAAGGGCAAGACGCUGACGUCGUCCGUGCAGCAGAUCCACCGGGACUUCAUGUCCGCGGUGGAGAAGUUCAAGGCCGUGCCCUACGACAUCAUGGACGUGUCCGCGAAGAAGUUCGACGACGACUUUUAUAAUUUCCGCUGCGCCAUCAAGGAGCUCGAGCGGCGGCUCGGCGCCGUCGUGUCGCUCGCGUUCGACGACUGCGCGACGGUCUACGGCCGCUUCAAACUCUUCGAUAGCUUCGAGGGUUUGCUGGAACGGCCCAUCAUCCAGGACGAGCUCGAGAAGAAGUACGUGUCCCUGGUGCAGUCCUACGGCGUCGACCUGAAGACGGUCCAGGAACUAUUUUUGCACUACCGCGACGCGCCGCCGAUCAGCUCGAACCUGCCGCCCAUCUCCGGGUCGCUGACCUGGUGCCGGGGCCUGCUGGAGCGCAUCCGCAUCCCCAUGGAGAAGCUCAUGCAGCUCGACAAGUCGAUCCUCGAGCGCGAGGAGGCGAAGGAGGUCACGAAGGUCUACUCGACGAUCAAGGCGUCGCUCGAGGAGUACGAGAACCAGAAGAUCGAGGAGUGGGGCCGCGACGUCGAGGCGUCGUCCCAGGCGAAGCUCCGGCUGCCCCUCAUCGUGCGCUCGCCGGACACGCACUUUUUGUCGGUGAACUUCGACCCCGCGCUCGUGCGGCUGCUCCGGGAGGUGAAAUACUUUCUGCUGUUGGGUCUCGCCGUGCCGGACAGCGCGCUCCACAUCUACCAGCAGGUCGAGACCUUCCGCACGUGGACGGCCCAGCUCGACAUGGUCGUGAGCAAGCACAACACGGAUUUGGCGCGGCUCCUGCCCGUCGAGAAGCCGCUGCUCCAGCCCUACCUCGACCGCUUCGACAAGGCCAUCGAGGCCGGCCUGUCCCAGCUCAACUGGGAGACGGGGGGUCUAGAGCCCGAGAUCGCCAAGCGGCGCGAGUUCAUCGACGAGGCCAUCUUGGCCGUGGAAACCGUCGACGAGAUCACGUGCACGAUGAAGGCCAACCUGGAAAAGGUGCAGACCAUCAUGGAGAAGUGGUCCGCCAAGCCCCUGAUGGACCGCAAGGCCAAGCCCCAGGAACUGGAAUACUUCGAGCGCGUCUUCAAGCAGUCCAAGGCCACGCGCUACGGCGAAAUCAAGGAGGGCGGCAAGGAGAUCGAGCGCAUGCUCAAGGACACGAACAAGGUGCUCCGCGUGUCGAACGCGUCGCUGGACUGGCGCGCCUACAUCGACUUCGUGAACAACAUCGUCGUCGACGGCCUGGCGUCCGUGAUCACGGUGUCGUUGGAGUACUUCCUGGACCAGAUCGACCCCGUGACGAUCGCGGAGCAGGCGGGCGCGCAGCUGCCCAUGCUCGAGAUCAAGCUCGACCUCGUCGACAAGGCGCCCAAGUUCGACCCCGUCAUCGGCAGCGCCAACGGCAAGGGCAUGCGCGACGUCGCCAACGCCUGGGUCGGCUCCUUCUUCCACGUCGCGACGCUCUUCAAGCGGUUGGACACGGACGGCACGUACAUGCGCGAGAUGCACACGGACGCGGACGUGUGUUUGCUCAUGGCCGUCAUCGAGGAGACGCAGCGGCGCAACGAGGACAUGCUCAUGGAGCUCCGGGAGCAGUUCAACGAGCUGUCGUUCCUCUGGGACACGGACCGCGACGUCUUUUUCAAGGAGUUCACCGAGGGCGCGAUCAUCGAGAAGGAGCACGCGACCUAUUUAGAUCUCAAAAAAUACGACGAGGCCAUCACGAAAUAUUUGGACGUGGCCGAGCGCGUGAAGCGGACGAAGAGCCCCGCGGACGUCGGCUGGCUCCGCGUGAACACGGCGCCGAUCAAGACGUCGCUGCUGGAGCUCGCGGUCAUGUGGAAGGAGCUCCACACGCAGUACCUGCGGGACCACCUGAUCUCGACGCUGGACCGCUUCGACGGGUUCAUGGAGCAGGUGAAGGUCGGCCUGGACCUGCCCGUGGACGACGGCGACCUCGGCAAGCAGAACCUGCGCAAGGUCAUGAAGGACAUCCUGGAGGUGGGCAAGGCCGAGGUCGUGACCAUGGAGAUGUUCGACCCGCUGCGCGAGCUCUGCACGCUGCUGAAGCACCACGCGUGCGACAUCACGAACGAGGUGAUCCCCUCCGUCGUCGAGCUGCGGCGGCGCGCGGAGAUUUUGGAGGGCGACGCGUACAACCCGGAGCACACGCCCGACACGUCGGCGUCCAAGGCCGUGCUCGACUACCUCGAGGAGGCGCCCAUCAACUGGGAGGCCAUCGUGAAGAUCAAAUACGCGAAGAAGGACGAGAUCGCGCCGAUCAAGAUGAAGGCCGAGGCCGCGCUCAAGGAGGAGCUCGAGCUCUUCUACACGGAGAUGCGCGACUUCCGCGGCGACUUCCGCGCCAACGCGCCCUUCGCGCACCAGGGCUUCGCCGAGGAGGCCUACGCGAUGAUGGACGUCUACGCGAAGCGCCUGUCCGAGUUCGAGCAGUCCGCGAAGGAGUUCAACGCGCAGGAGGAGCUCUUCGAAUUGAACGUUUCAAAAUACCCGGAAUUGCCGACGACGCUGUCCGAGCUCAAGCUCCUGCGCGCGCCCGCGUGGAAGAAGGCGGCCUGGGCUGAGGUGGACACGGAUAAGUUGGAAAUGCAAAACAAGGUUUUGCUCAAGUCGCUGCGGUCGUCGGGCAACGUGGAUCCGAUCAUCAAGCAGUGGCAGGUGUAUCGCGAUAUCGAGGACGCGAUCAAGAACAUGCAAAUCGUCUUGCCGCUCGUGAACGACCUCCACUCGGACGCGCUCGCGAUGCGCCACUGGGCUUCCCUGGCCAAGGUCUGCGGCGUGGCCAAGGUGGAUCCGACGCAAGACGACUUUAAAUUGUACGUGAAGCACAAGGACACGGAGAUGUCCAUCAUCAAGCUCAGCGAGGAGGUCAUCGAGGCUUUGGACGCUCAUAUGCUCGAGCUCCAGACCAUGCUGGGCAUGGGCAAGUUCGUCGAGUUCUUCCGCGCGGGCGUCGAGGACUGGCAGGUGAAGCUGUCGAACGUGCAGGUGACAAUCAAGGUCUGGGAGUCCGUGAGCCGGUCCUGGGCGUCGCUCGAGUCCAUCUUCCUCAGCAGCGCGGACAUCCGCAGCUCCCUCGCGGACGUGACCAAGGUCUUCGAGGGCAUCGACGCGGAGUUCAAGGAGAUGAUGAAGGAGGCCGUCACGGAGCCGAACGUCAUCCAGGCGUGCACCGUCGACGGCCGCGAGGCGUCGCUCUCCGCCAUGAAGAAGGGCCUCGACAAGUGCCAGAAGUCGCUCAACGAAUAUUUGGACGUCAAGAAGGCCAUCUUUCCCCGGUUUUAUUUCGUGUCCGCGGUCGCGCUGCUCGACAUGCUCGCGAACGGCACGAACCCGCGGAAGAUCAUGCCCUACCUCGGCGACUGCUACGACGCCCUGGCGAACCUGCUCUUCGUCAAGAACGAGGACGGCACGGAGAGCUCGUCCAAGGCGAACGUCAUGAUCGCCAAGGACCGGGAGCAGAUCAAGAUGCACGAGGAGUUCUCCAUGGAGGGCGAGGUCGAGGUCUACCUCAACAAGCUCACGGCGGCCAUGCAGCUCACGUUGCGGAACCAGCUCCUGCGGGGCAUCGAGGACGGCGUCAACUGGGACGUGGACCCGAACCUGCCGCGGCACAAGUGGUGCUUCAAGUACCCGGCGCAGGUCGUGUUGACGGGGAGCCUCAUCUACUGGACGGAGGAGACGGAGCAGAGCUUGGAGGAAUUGGAGGCGGGCAAGGAGGACGCCGUGAAGAUCGUCUCCCAGAACGUCAAGGACCGCCUCUCGAAGCUCAUUUUGCUGGUGCUGGGCGAGCUCACGGGCGAGGAGCGGUGCAAGACGAUCACGCUCAUCACCAUGGACGUGCACGGCCGCGACGUGCUCCAGUCGCUCAUCGACACGAAGACGGAGGGCCCGUCGGCGUUCCUGUGGCAGCAGCAGCUGCGCUUCUACUGGGAGCACGACGUCAUGGACGUGAACAUCAAGAUCUGCGACUUCCGGACGAAGUACUUCUACGAGUGGACGGGCAACGUCGGGCGCUUGGUGAUUACCGCAUUGACGGACCGCUGCUACAUCACGCUGACCAUGGGCCUGCGCCUCUUCCUCGGCGGCGCGCCCGCGGGGCCCGCGGGCACGGGCAAGACGGAGACGACGAAGGAUCUCGCGCGCGCGCUCGCGCUGCCCUGCUACGUCUUCAACUGCAGCGACCAGAUGAACUACCAGUCCAUGGCCGACAUCUUCCGGGGUUUAGCCCAGACGGGCGCCUGGGGCUGCUUCGACGAGUUCAACCGCAUCUCCAUCGAGGUGCUGUCCGUCGUCGCGACGCAGGUGAAAACCGUCCAGGACGCCAUCGUCAAGUUCGCCGUGCCGAGCCGCCGCGACGCCGAGUACCAGAAUUUAGCCGCGGGCACGCCGCCCCAGAAGGUCGGCAAGUUCGACUUCUUCGGCACGAUCAUCGAUUUGAUCCCGACGUGCGGCUUCUACAUCACGAUGAACCCGGGCUACGCGGGCCGCACGGAGCUGCCCGAGAACUUGAAGGCGCUGUUCCGCUCCUGCGCCAUGAUCCGGCCCGAUUUGAAACCUAUCUGCGAGAACAUGCUCAUGUCCGAGGGCUUCCAGUCCGCGCAGACGCUCGCGAUCAAGUUCGUCACGCUCUACGCGCUCUCCGGCGAGCUAUUAUCGAAGCAGGCCCACUACGACUGGGGCCUGCGGGCCGUCAAGUCCGUGCUCCGGGUGGCGGGCAAGCUGAAGCGCGGCGAGCCCCACCUCGACGAGGGCCAGAUCCUGAUGCGCGCGCUCCGCGACUUCAACACGCCCAAGAUCCCCGCGCUCGACACGCCCAUCUUUUUACGGUUAAUCGCCGACCUGUUCAUGGGCCUCGAGGUGCCCGUCAAGGUCGACGAGACGCUCAAGGUGAAGAUCAACACGGUCGCCGCGGCCGCGGGGCUCCAGGCGGACGACGUCUUCAUCCUGAAGACGUGCCAGUUCCAGGAGCUGCUCGACGUGCGCCACUCCGUCAUGCUCCUGGGCCCCGCGGGCUGCGGCAAGACGACGAUCUGGAAGACGCUCAUGGGCACGCACAAUCUGGAGAAGCCCAAGAAGACGUGCGUCUACGAGGCCGUGAACCCGAAGGCCGUGUCCGGCGACGAGCUCUACGGCUACAUGACGCUAUCGAAGGACUGGAAGGACGGCGUGCUGUCCAUCAUCAUGCGCGGCAUGGCCAAGAACUUCCAGGACCAGGGCUUCUACGACUACCAGACCUACAAGUGGGUCGUGCUCGACGGCGACAUCGACGCGGUCUGGAUCGAGUCCAUGAACACGGUCAUGGACGACAACAAGGUGCUCACCUUGGUCUCCAACGAGCGCGUGCCCCUCUCCGACGCCAUGCGCAUGGUCUUCGAGAUCAACUCGCUCAAGAACGCGACGCCCGCGACGGUGUCGCGCGCGGGCAUCUUGUACGUCAACGAGACCGACAUCGGCUGGCGGCCCUUCGUCGAGACCUGGCUCGCGCGCAAGGAGAAGGCGGGCUUCCCCCAGCUCGACGCCCAGAACCUCCAGGGCUUCUUCGACAAGUACGUCGACGCGACCAUCGCGAUGACGCGCAAGGGCUUUAAAGAAUGCACGCCCAUCCGCCUCAUGAACAAGGUGAACACGCUCGUGUACUUAUUAGAGGCCCAGCUCGACGCCGUCGCCGCCGGCGAGCUGACGCCGGAGAAGAUGGAGGCCGUCUUCGUCUUUUGCCACGUCUGGGCGUUCGGGGGCGCGAUGGUCAUCGACAAGCAGACGGACUUCCGGAAGCGGUUCAGCGACGAGUUCCUGGCCCAGUUCCCCGCCGUGCGCUACCCCAAGGAGGGCGACGUUUUUGAUUAUUACUUCGACCCCGCGACGGACUCGCACCUCCACUGGCGCGACUCGCUCGAAAAGUACGCGCCGGAGCCCAUCGGCACGGGCCCGGGCGAGACGCCCUUCAUGGCGCUCAACGUGGAGACCGUGGACUCGAAGCGCACGAAGUACCUCAUCGACGUGCUCGCGCGGGGCGCGCACAACGUCAUGCUCGUCGGCACCGCGGGCACGGGCAAGACGGCGACGAUCGACAAGUACCUGAGCGGCCUCGACAAGGACGCGGACGGCAUCCUGUCCUACAACAUCGUCAUGUCCUACUACACGGACAGCGCCAAGCUCCAGGUGGACCUGGAGCUGCCCAUCGACAAGCGCGCGGGCCGCAUGUUCGGCCCCCCCGCGACGAAGCGGCUCAUCUACUUCAUCGACGAUCUCAAUUUACCGUACCUCGAGACGUACGGCACGCAGAACUCGAUCGCGCUCCUGACGCAGCAGAUGCAGCACGGCACGAUCUUCGACCGCGCCGAUUUGGGGUUCCGCAAGGAGAUCGUCGACGUCCAGUUCAUCACGGCGAUGAACCCGACGGCGGGCUCGUUCGAGAUCUGCGAGCGGUGCCAGAUCCACUUCGCGACGUUCUCCUGCUCCAUGCCGUCGACCGACGACCUCCAGACCAUCUACGAGCAGAUCUUCUCCGGCCACCUGUCGUCCUUCGAGAGCGGCGCCGCGGGAUCGUCGGCCGCGAUCGUCACCGCGGCGAUCAAGUUCGUCGACAAGGUCGCGACGAAGUUCCUCCCGACGUCCAUCCGUUUUACCUACUUCUGGACCAUGCGCGAGAUGUCGAACAUCUUCCAGAACGUGUGCCUCGCCAAGCCCCAGUACUACGGCACCGCGACGGACGUCACGAAGCUCUGGGCGCACGAGUGCCGCCGGGUGAUGUCCGACCGUUUAGUGACAACAGAAGAAGUCCAGGUCAUGAACGACAUGAUCGCCGAGGUCUUCAAGGGCGAGCUGAAGGCCCUGGGCGUCGCCGAGGACGUGUUGCUGGAGGAGCCCGUGCCCUGCAUCUUCACGACGUUCACCGCGAAGGAGCCCGACGGCGCGUACCGGCCCAUCGAGUCCAUGGAGCAGCUCAAGCACGUGCUGGACGCGAAGCUGAUCGAGUACAACGAGUCCAACGCCAUGAUGGACCUCGUGCUCUUCGACGACGCCAUGCGCCACAUCUCGCGCAUCGCGCGCAUCAUCGCCAACCCGGCGGGCAACGCGAUGCUCAUCGGCGUCGGCGGCAGCGGCAAGCAGUCCCUGUCGAAGCUCGCGGCGUUCAUCUGCGGCUACGAGACGCGGCAGCUCGCCGUUACCGAUCGUCACUCGCUCCGGAACGAGAUGAAGGCGAACGCGCCGCUGCUCAACCCCGACGACCCGGACGACAGCAAGGCUUAUCUCAUUCAGAAGUUCCGCCAGCGCUUUAAAUUGGUGCUGGCCUUCUCGCCCGUCGGCGACGUCUUUAGGAUUCGCGCGCGCCGCUUCCCGGGUUUGAUCAACUGCACGGCCAUCGACUUCUUCCACCCCUGGCCCCACCAGGCGCUCGUGUCCGUGGCGAACCGCUUUUUAGCCGACAUCGAGUUCGACCCGCCGGAGCUCAUGGGCAAGCUCGCGCUCCACAUGGCCAAGGAGCACCUCACCGUGACGACGGCGUCGGAGAACUACAAGAAGACGCAGCGGCGCUACAACUACGUGACGCCCAAGUCCUUUUUGGAAUUGAUCGGCUUCUACAAGUACAUCUUCCAGGAGAAGCGCACGGAGGUCCAGCGCCAGAUCGACCGGUUGGACGUGGGCCUGUCGACGCUGAAGAAGACGUCCGCGGACGUCGACGAGCUCCAGAUCGACCUGAAGCGGACGAUGGUCACCGUCGAGGAGAAGAAGCUCGCGACGGACGAGCUGCUCAAGGAGAUGGGCGUGAGUCGCGCGGCGGCGGAGAAGGAGAAGGAGCUGGCGAACGUCGAGAAGGAGAAGGCGACGGCCGCGUCCGACUCCGCGCUCGAGAUCAAGACGUCCGCCGAGGGCGAGCUCGCGGAGGCGGAGCCGGCCAUGCGCGCGGCCGCCGACGCCGUCGAGUGCCUCGACAAGUCCAUGCUCACGGAGCUGAAAUCGCUGCCGAAGCCGCCGGCGGGCGUCGAGAAGGUCACGGCCGCGUGCCUCAUUUUGCUGGAGCACGAGUACCGGAACAUGCUCAAGUGGGACCGCGCGAAGAAGAUGAUGGCCAACGUCGACCAGUUCAAGAACUCGCUCAAGGCCUACGACGGCCGCACGAUCCCCGAGGACGAGGUCAAGAAGGUCGAGGUCUUCACGCUCGACCCGGACUUCACGCCCGACAACAUGCGAAGUAAGUCCGCGGCCGCGGCGAACUUGUGCACCUGGGUCGUCAACAUCUACGGGUUCAACCGCAUCUACGUCAAGGUGAAGCCUUUGAUGGACGCCCUCGAGGCCGCGAACGAGUCCAAGGCCGCGGCGGACAGCGCGCUCGCGACGGCCGAGGGCAAGGUCGCGGCCGUCGAGGCGGAGCUCCAGAAGCUCCAGGACAAGUUCGAGGCGGCGACGGAGGAGAAGGCCGCCGUCGAGGCCCAGGCCGAGGCGUGCCUCGACCGUUUAGGACUGGCGGAGCGUCUCGUGAGCGGCCUCUCGUCCGAGAACACGCGGUGGGGCAACGAGAUCGAGCACCUCAAGCACUCGACGACGGCGCUCGUCGGCGACUGCAUGAUCGCCGCGGGCUUCGUCAGCUACGUCGGCGCCUUCGACCAGGCGAACCGCGAGGAGCUCUGGCAGAACGUCUGGUUGACGGAUUUGCGGGAGCAGGCCGUGCCCAUGUCCGAGACCAUCGACCCUUUGAGCAUCCUCAUCACGGAGAGCGACACGUCCCGCAUGGUGUCCCAGGGCCUGCCCGAGGACCGCAUCUCCAUCGAGAACGGCGCCAUCAUCCUCAUGUGCAAGCGGUGGCCCCUGAUCAUCGACCCGCAGGUCCAGGGCAUCAAGUGGCUCAAGUCCAAGCAGGAGAAGGACGGCUACGUGCCCUGCCUCAUGACCCAGAAGAACUGGAUCCGGUCCAUGCGCACGGGCAUCUCCGACGGCAUGGCCGUCAUCAUCGAGAAUCUGGGCGAGGACAUCGACGCGACGCUCGACCCCGUGCUCUCGCGCGCGAUCUACAAGAAGGGCUCGUCGCUCUACAUCAAGUUCGGCGGCGAGGAGAUCUCCUACGACCCGGCGUUCACGCUCUACAUGCAGACGAAGCUCGCGAACCCGCACUACAAGCCCGAGAUCGCCGCGCAGUGCACACUCAUCAACUUCAUCGCGACGGAGCGCGGCUUGGAGGACCAAUUGUUGGCCAAGGUCGUCGGCGUCGAGCGCCCGGACCUGGAGGAAGAGACCCAGCGGCUCACGGACGAGGCCUGCAAGUUCAAGCUCCAGCUCCACGAGCUCGAGAACGACCUGCUCGAGCGCCUCGCGAACGCGCCCGACGACAUCCUCAGCGACGUGCCCCUCAUCGAAGGUUUAGAAUCUACAAAAAAGACGUCCAAGGAGAUCGAGACGGCGCUGGAGGCGGGCAAGAAGGCGCGCGACUCCAUCAACAUCGCGCGCGAGGUCUACCGCAAGGAGGCGUCCGAGGGCGCGAUGCUCUACUUCCUGCUCACGAAGCUCUGCGCCAUCGACCACAUGUACCAGUACUCGCUGGACUCUUUUGUUACUUUUUUCCUCAAGUCCAUCUCCAAGGCCGUGCCCGCGGAGAAGGUGGAAGAUAGAGUGAACAAUUUGGUGACGUCGCUCCGGCUCACGAUCUACACGUGGGUCGCGCGGGGCCUCUUCGAGCGCCACAAGCUCAUCUUCCUGUCGACGCUGACCUUCAACCUGAUGAAGCGGGGCACGCUCGGCGAGGACAAUUUGGUGGACGAGAUCCAGUUCCAGUUCCUGCUGCGGGGCCCGCGGAAGACGGGCGAGGAGAACCCGCUGAUCGCGUGGCUGCCGACGUCCGCGUGGGACUCGUGCCAGGCGCUGGCGGAGCUCGAGGAGUUCGGCAAGCUGCCCAGCGAUUUAGUAGAAGCAGCCCCGCGCUUCCGCGAGUGGUACAACCACAUCUCGCCCGAGUCCGAGAAGCUGCCGCUCGACUGGGCGCAGCUGGACCGGCCGGACAAGGCGUUCCGGAAGAUGCUGGUGGUCAGGUCGCUGCGGCCGGACCGCAUGAUCGCGUCGCUGUCGCGGUUCAUCCGGGGCACGCUGCCCGGGGGCAACGGCUACGUGGACUGCGACAACUCGCUGAAUUCCGUGGAGAUUUUGCGGCAGUCGUUCGCGGACUCGACGCCGCAGACGCCCAUCUACUUCAUCCUCUCGCCCGGCGCGAACGUCGUCGCGGAUUUAGACGUGAUCGCGUUGGAGAACGGCUUCGAGGCGGGCACGUCCUACUUCAACGUGUCCAUGGGCCAGGGCCAGGACAAGAUCGCGAUGUCGUACCUGGAGUCCGCGCACCGGAACGGGUCCUGGGUCAUCCUGAACAACAUCCAUUUGAUGCCGCGGUGGUUGUUGGAGCUGGAGAAGAAGCUGGAUUCCUUCGGCGACGCGUCGCACCAGAAUUUCCGGCUGUUCCUGUCCAGCGACCCGUCGAAGGGCAUCCCCAUCGGCGUCCUGAACCGGUGCAUCAAGCUCACGAACGAGCCGCCGGGGGGGCUCAAGGCGAACCUGAAGCGCGCCUUCUGCUUCUUCUCCCGCGAGGCCUUCGAGGAGAUGGACUCGAAGACGAAGUCUAUUCUUUUUGGUUUGUGCCAUUUCCACGCGGUCAUGAUGGAGCGGAAGAUGUACGGGCCCAUGGGCUUCAACAUGAUGUACCCGUUCGCCAUCGGCGACCUGCGGGACUCCGCCGUGAUCCUGUCGAACUACAUGGAGAACAGCGGCGGCGGCAAGAUCCCCUGGCAGGACCUCAAGUACCUCUUCGGCGAGAUCAUGUACGGCGGCCACAUCGUCAACGACUUCGACCGGCUGCUCUGCGGCACGUACCUCGACUUCUUCAUGAAGGACGAGCUCCUGGACGAGGCGGAGAUGUACCCCUACGCCGAGGACGAGAAGGGCACGUCGUUCAUGUGCCCCGCGCCGACGUCGUACGAGAAGUAUUUGGAGCACAUCGACGUCACGCUGACGACGGACACGCCCGUGGCCUUCGGGCUGCACCCCAACGCGGAGAUCGAUUUUAGGACGACCCAGUCCGAGGUCAUGUUCCGCACGCUCGUCGAGCUCCAGCCGCGGACGGCCGGCGGCGACUCGGAGGGCGCGAUGUCGCCGACGGAGAUGGCGAACGCGAAGCUCGACGACAUCAUGGACCGCUUCGGCGAGAAGCGCUUCGAUGUGGACGACCUGAGCGCGUCGCUGGACGAGAAGGGGCCCUACCAGAACGUGUUCCUCCAGGAGAUGGAGGUCAUGAACAAGUUAUUGGGCGAGAUCGCCGUCAUGAACUCGCUCUACAUGGACACGGUGCCCGGCAAGUGGGUCAAGUUCAGUUGGCCGUCGCGGAAGGCGCUGAGCGGCUGGCUCACGAACUUCAUGGCGCGGCUCACGCAAUUGGAGGACUGGAGCAACAACCCCGCGGAGAUCCCCAAGUGCACCUUCCUCUCUUAUCUGGUCAACCCCCAGUCCUUCCUCACGGCCGUGAACCAGGUCGCGGCGCAGAAGAACCAGUGGGAGCUCGACAAGUUGGUGUCGUUCUCCGACGUGACGCGCUACGCGACGUUCGACAAGGUCGAGGCCGUGAGCCGCGAGGGCGCCUACAUCGGGGGCCUCAACAUGCAGGGCGCGCGCUGGGACGUGUCCAACGCCGUCAUCGACCGCUCCAAGCCCAAGGAGAUGUUCUGCGCGAUGCCCGUCAUGUCCGUCAAGGGCCUCGCCGUCGAUAAGGCCGACUUCACGGGCAUGUACAACUGCCCCGUCUACAAGACGGAGCAGCGCGGGCCCACCUUCGUCUACUGCGCCAACCUCCGCACGAAGAGCCCCUUCGGCCGCUGGGUCCUCGCGGGCGGCGGCGACUCGCUCCGGGGCAACAUCGCGUCCCAGAGGCCGCAGCACGCCGCGGGCGCGCCGCGGCGCCGCGGCGGCGCGCCGCCGCCGCCGCCGUGGGCGCGCCAGGGCGCCUGGCACGGCGAGGACGUCAGGCUCCGGUCGCGCGAGUUCCGGGACCACAUGGGCGACUCGAAAUCCCUCGCUUCGGCGCGGUUCGACCGCAGGCUGUCGAAGAGCCGUCGGGCCAUGGCCGUGGGUCCGGCCGUCGCCGACGACGAGGGCUCCGUGGGGUCCGAUGCGUCGCGCGGGCGGAAGAAGGGCGGCACGCCCAAGCCGGCGCCGGGCGGCAAGCGGAACACGGUCGCCGGGGGCCGCGAGUCGCGCGCGUCGACGUCGGCGUCGAAGAAGGCGCGGGGCACGAUGCGGCGGGCGACGCGCAAGGUGACGAUGAUGGCGGGCAUGGCCAAGAAGGACGGCGACGCCGGCGGCGACGACGACGAAGCGGCGAAGAAGAAGAAGAAGGCGUCCGCGCGGAAGCGGGCGUCGACGCGCGCGCCGUACCGCAAGCCCAAGGACGGCGAGUGGGUCGAGGUCUGGUACGACCUGCGGCGCAAGCAGGACGCCCUCGGCCAGCGCUGGCAGCGCUGGCCGCGCAACGAGCCCGGACGGCGCGCGACGCUCUUCGGGAGCACGCUCUAUUCCACGAAACGGGACCACCUCGCGUCCAACGGCUUCUACGCGCACCGCACGACGCACUGCCUCGGCGACCCCGGCGACCCCAUCCCGCCCGAGUGGCUCAUGAUCCGCCCGAGCCGCUACGAGGAGAUCAUCAUGCGCGCGACGGUCGAGGAGAACUGGCUGCUGGAGAUGAUGGUCGAGCGCCAGCUCAAGAGCCUGUGCCGGAACCGCGGCGCGCUGACCAUCUUCCACCGCUUCGACGAGGACGGGUCCGGGGAGCUGGACGGGAGCGAGUUCCGGUCCAUGCUCAAGUCCGUCGGCGAGGAGGUCGACGACAAGAAGGUCGAGUGGCUGCUGGGCGUGCUCGACAAGGACGGCGGCGGGUCCGUCGACUUCGCCGAGUUCGCCAAGUUCGUCGGGCGGCCGGACCGCGUCGGCGUGUCCUGCACCUACGAGGACCACAAGCUGCACCUGCUGGACCCUGUGCUGGACCUAAAAGAAGCGCUGCUGCGGCUCUACGACCCGAAGCGCAUCGCGCCCAAGUUCCACCCGCUCUACACGCUACGCAACCUCGCGAAGCGCGAGUCGCUCAAGUUCGAGCCCUGCAUCCGCAAGCAUUUGAAUUUUUUGUGGAAGAAGAUCGACACGGACCUGAGCGGGCGCAUCGAGCCCGAGGAGUACGUCGUCAUGCACUUCCAGAUCUGCACGGUCAUGCUCGAGCUCGCGUCGUUGCCCGAGAAGCUCGCGCCCGGCGGCAAGAUCGACGUCAAGGAGCACCGGAAGCUCGCGUUGGAGGACUGGGAGAUCGACCACCAGGGCAUGGGGUUUUUGGACUACGGCCGCUUCGCGUCCUGCUGGUUCCAGAUCGCGGACCAGUUCACGGAGAAGAUCUCGCUCGACGAGUACGACUCCUUCCUGGGGACGAUCAUCUCCAAGCUCUACCCGCCGCCCGCGGAGGAGGCGAGCCUCGACGAGGCCGCGGGCGCGCGGCCCGAGACCGCCGCGGAGAUCGCGGAGCGCGAGGCCCAGGAGGAGGAGGACCGGCGGGCCGAGGAGGCCGCGGAGGAGGAGCGGCUGCGCAACGAGGAGCUGGAGCGCAUCGCCGCGGAGGAGCGCGCGAUGCACCGGCGCGCGACGACGCUCCAGACGUUGUACCGCGUUUCCUUGGCCAAAGAAAAACUCAAAAUGAAGCGGCUCGAGGCGGAGUUGUUGCGGCGGUCGCUGCCGACGUGCGACCUGACCGAGCUCGACCUCAUGAUCGACGAGGACGCGAUCCUGCACCCGGCGACGUUCCUGCCGGCCUUCUCCUUUCCCAUGAUACGGGACCCGACGCCCGAGGUCAGCGACGCCGAGAGCGAGGUGGCGGAGGUCGAAGAGGAGGAGGCGGCGGCGGAGGUGGAGGAGGAGGUCGCGGCGGAGGCGGAGGCGACGGGCCCGUCGGAGGCCGACGUCGCGCGGAUGAAGCAGCGCCUCGAGGGCAUGCGGCUCAAGCGCGCGAUGAAGCGCGUGUCCACGGUCAUCUUCAAGAACCUCAUAUUACCAAGCCGCAUGCGCGGCGACGGCGAACAGCGCGGCGCCUACUCCGGGCCGCGCGCGUCGCGGUUCACGGGCGGCGGCUGGUCCGACGUGUCCAGCGACACGGACUACGGCUCCGAGGACGAGACCAUGCCCGUGAAGCCGCGCCAGCUGCCCUGCGUGAACUGCCGCGGCGUCGUCGCCUGCGCGUGCGAGACGGACAAGUUCCGCGCGCACCACAAGGUCGUCCUCGAGCGGCGGCGCCGCGCGCCCCGCGACGGCGCGCCGGGCAUCACGGCGGAGCGCAUCGCCGAGCUGGUCGAGGACCGCGCGGCGCUCGAGCACUACCACAGCCGGAACAACGAGGCGACGCAGCAGUUCGCGUCGCGGCUGCGCAGCCUCGAGUCGCGGAACCGCCUCGAGCGCUUCGAGGCGUCCCAGAGCGGCCGGCCCAAGAAGACCAACCGCGGGGCCGUGCUCAUGAAGCGCGACGGCGGCGCGCGGGCCCCGCGGCCGUCCGGGACGCGCGACGUCGACGGAAAAGCGCGGCACCGCCUCAGCGGGCAGGCCACCCGCGCGAAUUCGCCGGUCCCGGGCCCGCCGCCGCGCCGGAAGCCGCGGCCGGGCGUCGCGAGCCGCGACGACGGCGGCGACGAGCCGCGCGACGAGCCGCCGCGGCGGAAGCCGCGGGCGAAGCCGCCGCCGCCCCGCAUCGUCGGCGACGUCGUCCACUUCCAGGGGUCCAUCGACUCGGCGUCCCUCGAGGACUCGCUGCCCUGGCAGCCGGACAACACGUCCAUCGCCUGGGACUACGUCGAGGCCGUGCCCACGGAGCUCAAGGACGCGCUCAAGCUGCAGCAGGCGCGCGCGCGGUCCCGGGACAGCCGCGAGGCCCGCGCGGACCUGCCCGCGGCCGACGCGACCUCGAAGACCGACGACUCCCGCUUCCCGCGGACGCUCGCGCGGACGUCGUCCGCGUCCGCGGCGACGGCGACGCGCUGGGGCUCCAUGGCCCGCGACGCGUCGUCGAACUCCCUGUUCUAA